GUCGCCUCGACCCCAAGCCGGAGCCUCGAUGCGGGCCAAGAUAAAAACGUUGAGAAAACAUGACAUUCCGAUGUCCACAAGACGAUUUCCCCAUGUGCGCCCCCAAGCCGCUCCCGCGGCUGGCCGGGGUCUGCCCCGCUUUAUGCCGACCCUGAACCACCAUUGGCGAACCACAUGCCGCGGAGGCCAACCCGGCGGCCCGGUCCCCUGCAACAUGGCGCUGGAUGCUGCAGCCGUCGACUCUGCAAUCACGCUCCGGACCCCGCACCACCGCUCCACGUUCUGGUGAGGCCACCUUCAAAAUCGUUGCGACCGCCCCCCAGUGCGCAUUCCUUGUUGUGUUCCGCUCCUCUGUUUCCCAGAAGCAUUGCUGUUCUCCAGCGGUCGAUCCGGAUCUACUCUAUUCGAAGGCCAGGGAGAAAGGGAAUCGAGACAUCUCAUUGCCAUGGCCGAGUCGUCAGCGACGACUUCAUCCAGCGCCCCCGGCCUCGCCGGCCCGGCCCCUGCGGCGGCUACCCCGGCUGCUCCCGCCACUCCGCCCGCCGCUGCUAGUCCGCCAGCCGCCGCGAAUCCUUCUCCCGCUGUCCCGCAAAACACUGGGAUCCUGGAGGUCGAUGAUGCCCAUGAUGGCGAGGACGACGACUCUGCCCUCGGCGUGAGCUCCGGCGACGUGAGCGAGACCGCGUCGGUUGUCUCCAGCAUUUUCCGGUACCGCGAACAGAGCGGCCGAACCUUCCAUGCCUACCGGGACCGGACGGGGACCGGCAGCGACGAGUUCAUUCCCUACUUUCUGCCCAACGACGAGUCCGAGACCGAGCGCCUAGAUCUCCAACACAACCUUGUGAUAUUGACGCAGGACGGCCAGUUGUACAUCUCUCCGGCGGGCAAGGACAAGCCGCUCAAACGGGUCCUUGACGCCGGGUGCGGCACUGGUAUUUGGUCUAUUGAUUUCGCCGACGAGAAUCCCGAGACUUCCGUCGUUGGUAUCGACAUCAGCCCCAUCCAGCCGAGCUUCGUGCCCCCGAAAGUAGAGUUCUUUGUCGACGACCUUGAGCUGGAAUGGAACUAUGUCAACCCAUUUGACUUCAUUUACACCCGCUUCAUGACAGGCUCCCUCAAGAAUUGGCCCAAGUUUUUUGACCAAGCCUACAAGCACCUGCAACCGGGUGGCUGGAUCGAGAUUUGCGACAUCGUGAGCCCCAUCGCCUGCGACGAUGGCAGCAUGACGGACGAGACCCCGCUGCUGAAGUGGAGCAAACUACUCCUCGAGGCCUCCGAGAACCUGGGCGCCUCCCUGAGCUCCCCGCAGCACUACAAACAGCAGAUGAUCGACGCCGGGUUCCAGAACGUCGUGCAAGUCGACUACAAGUGGCCUACCAACCCCUGGCCUAAGGACCCCAAGCACAAGGAAAUCGGCGCGUGGACUCAGGCGAAUAUCAUGCAGGCCCUCCAAGCUCUCAGUAUCAUGUCCUUUACCAAGGGCCUGGGCUGGUCUGUUAUCGAGGUUGAGACGCUGCUUGCCCAGGUCCGCAAGGAUGUUAAGAACAAGGACGUUCACGCCUACUGGCCGAUCAUUGUUGUUUAUGGCCAGAAGCCUGAGUAGAUGGAGGUUGGUGAGACAGAAAGCGGGUGUAUGGAAUUCUGAUCUGGAGUUGGAGUUGAGACUAGGAGUGGGAGUGCGCAUGGGGGGAGAUAGAUAUUCAUGAAAUGUGGGUGGCGGUGUGCUUGUUGUCGAAUUGAGGGGGUUGAGUAGUCAUGAGCGAAUGUUGACUGCUGUUCACUUCUUUCAUUACGUCUGAGAAAAUACCCUAUGCUUUGCCCGGACAGUUGACACGGGCAGAUAGCGCACGGCAUGGCGGGUUUGGUUGACCUUUUGGUGAAAUUUGAAUGUGUCAAAGAGACUGAAGCUGCAAGUGAGUAAAAUGGCCGGCAUAGAAUCGAGAAGUCUGUGUGGCUCUUAAAGGGCCCGCAGCCCCUUGAGAAAGCUAUCCAGACCGACAAUUGAUGGGGUCUAGUGAGCGAGGGCGUCAGGGAGAGAGGCGGUCG